UUGUUGAGCUACGAAUUCCAAUCUUCCACUCCACAUUAGUUUUCGACAUUAAAAUUUUAACCUAUUAACACACCCGUUUAAUGAGUUUGAAGAAAGUUUUCAUUUUCGAUUUCUUCUAGCAUCCAAAUUCCUUAUUUUCCACCAGUAGAUACACCUAACUAAUCACAAAUCUUUCUCAUUGGCACACUUAAGAUACAUUAUUAUCAUUAUUAGCAAUCAAAUGUCAGGAAAAUGGAGAUAUCAAACAUGAUGGAUUUGUUAAAAAAUGCUGCCACAAAUUAUGCAGGAAACCCUUUCAAAGAACAAAGGAUGAUGAUCAUCAAGAACCAUGGGAAUGUGGGCAUCCCAAAUAUCAAAAUCAUCGGAUCGAAUUCGCCGGUAAGGCGUCAUUGUUUGAGGGUGAAAGCUUCCACGGGGCAGCCGGGGCGGGUUCAUAUCAUCAACGGGAACAAAGUCAAUGGGAUUUAUAUCAAUGGGGCGCCAGCACCAUCACCAUAUGUCGCACAAAAGAAGAACAUAAAUGGAGUAAUUUUGACAGAAAAUGCAGUUGAAGAGCCAAAUCAUGAGUAUCUGUUGGGGAGAUUUGUUGAAGGCCGGUUUGUUUACAGGCAAUCGUUUAUUAUUAGGUCCUAUGAAAUUGGACCCGAUAAAACAGCCACCAUGGAAACCAUUAUGAACCUUCUUCAGGAAACGGCUCUGAAUCACGUAGCAAGCUCUGGCGUGUCAGGUAAUGGAUUUGGUGCAACUCGAGAGAUGAGCAUCAGGAAACUCAUUUGGGUAGUUACUAGGGUUCAUAUCCAGGUCGAUAAAUAUAGCUCCUGGGGUGAUGUGGUUGAGAUUGAUACGUGGGUAGAUGCAGCUGGUAAGAACGGAAUGCGUCGAGAUUGGAUCAUUCGAGAUUAUAACACCCAAAAGAUUAUAACCAGGGCCACAAGCACUUGGGUGAUUAUGAACAGAGAAACAAGAAGAUUAUCUAAAAUCCCAGAUCAAGUUCGAGAAGAGGUUCAACCCUUCUACCUGAAUAGAGUUGCAAUAUCAACUGAAGAUGUGGAUAGUGAAAAAAUCGAGAAAUUAACUGAUGAAACUGCACAAAGAGUCCGAUCUGGAUUAGCUCCUCGAUGGAAUGACAUGGAUGCCAACCAGCACGUUAACAAUGUCAAGUACAUAGGAUGGAUUUUGGAGAGUGUGCCGAUCAACAUUUUAGAAGACUACAACUUAACAAGCAUGACAUUGGAGUACAGACGUGAAUGUAGGCAAUCAAAUGUGCUUGAAUCCUUAACGAGUAUUACCUCAAAUCACGACGAUGAAGAAACCUCCUCUUCAUCUUCUUCAGAAACCACUGUAAAUAAAACCGACAAUGGAAGAGAAAAUGGGGGUUGGAAUUGUACACAUUUGCUUCGUAUGGAAGAAGAUCAAGCAGAAAUUGUUCGAGCAAGAUCAAUAUGGCAGUACAAACAAGACAUGGUGACCAUCUCAUGAGUAUAUUCCAGAGUUUUUCUUUAUAUAUAUGUAUACCACUGUUUCUUUUUUGUUUUUCCUCCCCUGUUUUUAUUUAUUUAAUUUUUUUUUUUACUUUUUAACUUUUAGGUUUUCUUGUAUUAAUGUGGGUUUUUAAUUUAUCAAUUUUUUUUUUUGGAGCUUGAAUUUCAUGAAAAUAUUAUUCUCUUGUGAACGAAUACACAUGAAUAUUCCUCGAUGAAUUAUUGAUUAAAUAAGAAAGUCGGUG